CUAAAUAAUUUAUUUACUUUAGCAGUUUUCCAUCAUUUUUGAAAAAAAAAAAAAAUAAUAAAUAAAUCUGUUUUUGUCAAUAAAGUUUUUACAAAAAAGGAGGAGUCUCUAAGAAGGGAUGUAUUUAACCAGCUAGCCAUCAGUACCAGUUUUUUCCACGGAAGUAACCGGAGUUUACAGCAAGUUUUUCCGCUGUUUUGUUAAAUUUACAUAUAAAAUACCCCGACUUGCGUUUUUCUGGCAACAUAAACAGCAGAUCACGCCUGGCUCAGCUCUGAAGAUGGGAGAUCAUGUUCACUGCAUAUCCUGCAUUAACCAGAGGUGCACGGUCAGACCUGAACCUGGAAUCUCUUGUGACCUUAUGACCUGCCCGCAGGUGUGUGGCGCGGUGUUUCACUCCUGUAAAGUGGUCGAGCACAAACAUCUGUGUCAGCUGAUGAAGGUCCCAUGCCUUAACAGAGGCUAUGGCUGCCCAGCCACCCUGACCCGCAACCAGAUGUACGCACACUUGGAAGUGUGCCCCGCCGGAGUUGUGUGUUGCACAAUGGAGUGGAACCGAUGGCCCGUUAGCUGCUUGGACUACACUUCUUAUGAGAGCUUGAGCCGCGGGGUGGAAGAGGCGGAGCAGCUGGACAUGAUGCUUGCCCUUCAGGAUCAGCAAACCCUCCUGGAGUCUUUGAAGCUAAUCGCCAUGGCCCCCUCCGCCCAAGGAGAGUCUCAGGUGUCUGUCAGUAAGGAGAACAAAUCAAAAGCAUCAGCUCUUGAAGCCCCACAACCUCAUGCGGCUCGCUCUGCGAAAGAGAAAAUCGCCAGCGGAAUUAACGGUUUAAACGAGGAUCACUUCAGUAAACUCUAUGAGGCAACAGUUGAGACGGCGAGGAGUUUAGCUGCAGCUUUGGACUUUGUCAGCAACGCCAAUUGUGGGGAAAGAAGUCCAGGGGGGGUGAGGAGUGACCCGAGUAGCAACGCGGACCUUCAGAAUCAAACGAAGGACCCAACGUUAAAAGCGGGCCGGGAUUUACAGGAGAAAAACGAACGGCAAAGUUUUUGCUCGAGCUGUUUGAGUGAAAACGGUUCUCCGCCUGAGACGGACGCCGGCCAUCAAAACACUGCCAACGGACCGUCCUCAGGGGAAACGGAAGUACAAAGUAGAGAUGCUCGUGAUCCUCAGGGGUUUGAAGAGCCCGCUCUUCAUGUAAGUCAGGGUGCAUCACAGAGGGCUGGUCAUGUGGUCCUGGACGGGAGGGGGCUGGGUUUUUUAGACAGCGUUGGGUCUGAGAGGACCUUUCAUAGCAAGCAGCUUUUUAGGGGCCACGGUCAGUUUCUAUUACCCAAUGGAAGGAUGGCUAUCUCUCAGGACAGAUCACUUUAUAGAUCACAAGCCACAAUGGAGGACAAAGGAGUGGAUACCUCGGAUCUGGAGCAGGAUGAAGACCCCAUGGGUCUGGGGGAGAUCGAUCUGAUCACUGCAGCUCUGCUCUUCUGUUUGGAAGAAUCCAGAGAGUGUCGAAGGAUCUCAGACACGGUCUACGUUGAUGGUUACCGGGUUGAUUUUGGCACACAGACUUUUACUUUCCCGGCAGCAAUCUUGGUGACCAAUACCAGGGUGGGGGACAUGGCCUCUGCGUCCGCCUGCGACCACGCCGCCCCGCAGCACACCUACCCCAGCCCUUUCCGCACCCUCCGCCUCGGCCUGGUCUUAGAGGCUCUGAAGGUCGAGGUCGUCCCGCACAACCAUUACCUCCCCUCCAACCCGCGCUACCAGACCAUGUUCCCCUUCGUCUGCGGUCAGUCAUUUCGCAGGGACCAGUUUUCCUCCCAUUUCAGGAAUGUCCACGGUGACAUCCACGCGGGGCUCAACGGCUGGAUGGAGCAUCGCUGCCCCCUGGCGUACUACGGCUGCACCUUUUCCCAGCGGAGGUUUUACCCCUCCUGCCAGGGGGCCAAGGUGGUUCACGACCGACAGCUGAAGGCCUUUGGGGUCCAACCUCACGUAAACGUUCAACUUUGCAGUGACUUGCAGGCAGACCAGUUGAGCAGGCUGCCCAUUGAGAUUCUGUGGCACAUAGCUGGAUUCCUGGACAGUUUCAGCUUGUGUCAGCUGUCGCUGGUGUCACGGAUGAUGAGGGAGGUGUGUGGCAGCCUCCUCCAAAGCAGGGGGAUAGUGGAGCUGCAGUGGGAGCAAAGACCAUGUCCCGGUGGCCAUGGCACGGUGUCAUGGCAGAUUAAGAACAAGGUGUGGAGAUUCAGCACCGCCUUCAGCCCUGUGUCAUCAUGGGGUUUCACAGACAUCCCCAGCAUGUCCACUCACCUUAAGAAGUGCCACUUCAACGUAGUUGAACAGAAGACUGAGCCGGUCCCCCUCCCCGCCAUGUGCACCGCCCGCGAUGGACUCUCGCUGCGUCGGGUCCUUCGCCACGUCAACACCUGACCUCUCCCCACCGCACGAGACUCGCUGCGGAUGGACGAUGCAAUCAAAUCAUUUAUUUUAGAAAAAUAAGUUCAAUCUUUUAUACACUUGAUCUUGAAGAAGCCUUAAUGAAAUAACACUAAACUUGCCAGGACGGUUGUUGUGAAUGUUUAAUUAAAAAAAUUGCUAAGUGUUUGUGCUGAAAAUGCACCUUUUGUUCUGGUGAGAUCAAAUAUAUCUUGUUGAAUAUGCACUAUAGACUUAUAUAUAUCCAUGUAUUUGAAAUGUCCUCACGGUUUUGCUUUGCAGUCGUAUCCAUGGGAACCAGCAGCGUUGUUUAUUUGUACCUGAAGUUAUACCAGCACUUUAAAAGAUAACUCGCUCCUCUUUCAGAGUUGAUCAGUGAUCCUGAUCUUCAGUGUUCGAUUCCUGUAAGGAGCUCACUCCAGUGUGAAGCUGUUGUCUAGUUUUAUUAGUUAUUUAGAACAGCACUCACUAUGUUUGUUCAAUGAUGCAUCUAAUUUUCUACCAAUUAAUAAAGUCUGUACUUCCUUUGUA